AUGAGGCUGCUCUCUAAAGUUACACCCGAAACCCUACUGGACCCCAACCCCGGCACCCCCUUCCCAGACCUCUCCUCCCCCUGUUUAAGUCUUCCACGGACUCCUCCAUCAGGAUCCCGGGCGACCGAAGAGCCUGAUAAAUCGCCGCCCGACGCUGGAAUUACGUGCACUUGCCACCCAGAAGUGCUGAAGCCUCGGACUCUCUCUCAUUCCACGAGGCCUUCUCCCACGGAGCUUGUCCCACGACGGGCAGUCCGUUCCCCACGCUCCCACUCCCAAGCCCCAACCCACUGCCACUGCCACUCCCCACACUCCUAUGCCCAUCCCACUGCCAUUCCCCACACUCUCAAGCCCAAACCCACUGCCUUUCCCACUCCCCACACUCCUAUACCCAACCCACUGCCUUUCCCACUCCCCACACUCCUAAGCCCAACCCACUGCCUCUCCCACUCCCCACACUCCUAUGCCCAUCCCACUGCCUCUCCCACUCCCCACACUCCUAAGCCCAACCCACUGCCUCUCCCACUCCCCACACUCCAUGCUGCCUCUCCCAUCCCACACUCCUAUGCCCAACCCACGCCUUCCCACUCCCCACACUCCUAUGCCAUCCCAUGCCUCCCACUCCCCACAUCCUAUGCCCAUCCCACUGCUCUCCCAUCUAUGCCCAUCCCACUGCCUCUCCCACUCCCCACACUCCUAUGCCCAACCCACUGCCUUUCCCACUCCCCACACUCCUAUGCCCAACCCACUGCCUCUCCCACUCCCCACACUCCUAUGCCCAACCCACUCCCCACACUCCUAUGCCCAACCACUGCCUUUCCGCCACUCCCCACACUCCUAUGCCCCAACACCUGCCUCUCCCACUCCACACUCCUACCCAACCCACUGCCUCUCCCACUCCCCACACUCCUAAGCCCAACCCACUGCCUUUCCCACUCCCCACACUCCUAUGCCCAACCCACUGCCUCCCACUCCCACACUCCUAUGCCCAACGCCAACUCCCACCUGCCCCACUCUCCAAGCCAACUCCCACAUAUAUGCCAACCCACUGCCUUUCCCACUCCCCACAGCUCCUAUCCCAAACCACUGCCUCUCCCACUGCCCACUCCCCCCACACCCCUCUCCCACCACGCUCACUCACCCUUGCCUCCACUCCACCACACUCCUAUAACCCAAACCCACUGCCUCCCCAUCCCACACUCCUAUGCCCAACCCACACUGCCUCUCCCACUUGCCCCACACCCUAUGCCCAACCCACUGCCUCUCCCCACUCCCCACACGCCUCUAUGCCAACCACUGCUUUCCCAUCUCCCACACUCCUAUACCCAACCCACUGCAUCUCCACUCCCCAAACUCCAUGCCAACCCACUGCCCUCCACUCCCGCCCAACCCACUCCUCUCCACUCCCAAACCCAUCCCCAACCCACUGCCUUUCCCACUCCUCACACUCCUAUGCCCAACCACUGCCUCUCCACUCCCCACACUCCUAUCCCACCCACUGCCUCUCACCACCCCCACACUCCUUGGCCAACCCACUGCCUCUCCACUCCCCUCACUCUAUGGCCCAACCACUGCCUCUCCCACUCCCUCACUCCUAUGCCAAACCCACUGGCCUCUCCCACUCCCAUCACUCCUAUGCCCAACCCACUGCUCUCCCACUCCCCUCACUCCUAUGCCCAACCACCUGCCUCUCCCACUCCCACUCCUAUGCCAACCCACUGCCUUUCCCACUCCCCACACUCCUAUGCCCAACCCACUGCCUUCCCACACCUCCAACAACCCAGCCACUGCCUUCCCACUCCCCACACUAAGCCCAACCCACUGCCCUCUCCACUCCCCACACUCCUAUCCCAACCCACUGCCUCCCACUCCCCACACUCCUAUGCCCAACCCACUCUCCACUCGCCCUUCCUAAUCCCAACCACACUGCUCCCCACUCCCCACACUCCUAUGCCCAUCCCACUGCCUCUCCCACUCCCCACACUCCUAUGCCCAACCCACUGCCUCUCCCACUCCCCACACUCCUAUGCCCAACGCCCUGGCCUCUCCCACUCCCCACUCCUAUGCCAACCCACUGCCUCUCCCACUUGCCCCAACACUCCUAUGCCCAACCCACUGCCUCUCCCACAUCCCCACACUCCUAUGACCCAACCCAUCCUGCCACUCCACUCCCCUCACUCCUAUGCCCACCCACUGCUUCCCACUCCCCCACACUCCUAUGCCAACCCACUGCCUUUCCACUCCCACAACUCCAUACCCAACCCACUGCCCACACUCCCCACUGCCUAUGCCAUCCACUGCCCCACUCCCACACUCCUAAUGCCCCCACUGCCUCCCACUCCCCACACUCCUAUAUCCACAAACCACUGCCUCUCCACCCUCUCCCACACUCCCUAUGCCAUCCCACCCCUAUCCACAAACCCACUGCCUCUCCCACUCCCCACACUCCUAUGCCCAACCCACUGCCUCUCCCACUCCCCACACUCCUAUGCCCAACCCACUGCCUCUCCCACUCCCCACACUCCUAUGCCCAACCCACUGCCUCUCCCAACCACUGCCCGACACACUCCUAUGCCCAACCACUGCCUCUCCCACUCCACACUCCUUAUGCCCAACCCACUGCCUUUCCCACUCCCCACACUCCUAUACCCAACCCACUGCCUCUCCCACUCCCCACACUCCUAUGCCCAACCCACUGCCUUUCCCACUCCCCACACUCCUAUACCCAACCCACUGCCUCUCCCACUCCCCUCACUCCUAUGA